AUGUCGUCGCAGACCAUGACUGCGCCAGCCGUGGGCCAUCGACCGCCUGAGCCAGGUCCGGAAGCGCCCAUAUACGAUUAUGGCUCGCAGCCCAAUGACGCCACACGAACGACUUCAUCGCCGCCUCCUACUACCACCGGCGACUCCGCAAUCCGCGACAUGCAGAACUCUCCUGUCUCCUCGGCCUCCGUCCCCCACGGCCGUCCCACAAUGGAUAUGACUGGAAUAAAGUCAGAACCAUCCGAGCACAUAUUUUCCACCGAAAGGGACACCAAUACGCAAUCUGCCGCCAGCGCCCUGCUCGCUCAACUCCUCGGAAACCAAUCGAAUGCUGCGCCCAGCCAGAAUGCUGCAGCGCAACACCAGCGCCACGGUAGUACCUCACAUGUGAAGAUGGAAGAUUUGGAUGGCGACUCGACCGCUGCGCCAACGGAUCUAGCCUCGGGGUCAAUGGGGCUGCAGGAUCCGUCGAACGGGCCAACUGUUGGCGAUAUCUUCUCCGGGUCGGGCAUGGGACAAGAAAACGGGCGCCAUGCAUCGGAUGCAACGAAUAGCAUCUCCGAUCCACUAAUUCCCAAGUCGAACGCCGAACAACCCUCGCUCCUACCGCCCUUGGACUUCACGGCAGCCCCAAAAAACGCCUUUGAGGCCCUCCAGCAGAACGAGAUGCUUACGGCCGCUUAUCUUUCUCAAAGUGCUGAUCUGUCAGCUCUGGGAUACCAAGAUGGGACAGCAUCUACGGCCGGAUCGGAACCUCGGAUCCAAGCGUUUGCCAAGUUGGAGUUUGAUGAUGGGCAUUUUUAUGUCAAUACCUACUCAUUUAUCCUCGGUCGAGAUGUACGAGCCGCGCGUGCUGCGCACCAGCGAGAGAUCCAGUAUCGGCAGGCCGUGAGGAGUUCUCGGGCAAAGAGUUCUAGUGGUGGGAACACCUCCCACACCCCAAACCGUGUCAAGCAGGAAGAAAACGCUGCCAUGAUGGGCAGUGUAGUGAGUGACCGUGGAGGCAUUAUGGGUUUUGAUCCCGAUGUUCCUCCGCACCUCCCAGCCAACUUGAAUCUCAGCCGACGAUCAUCAAAAUCGUCAUAUGAUGGGUCUGCUGUGCCCACCCACGCGAACCCGGCUCAAUUACAACAGACAACUACCACCACAGUCACCGACUACAAUGCGCUUGCGAUGCAGUCUUUACAGGAGGGCAAUGGUGACGCAAAGCCAGUCGAUACGCUGGCUUUGCUUCCGUCGCCGGACUCCUGUCCCACCAUCCCCAUCCAUCCUCCGACCACGAUUGACGGCAGCGCCGCAGGCCACCGAGGUAUUUCCCGGAGACAUGUACGCAUUGCUUACAACUUUGAUCGCAACCUUUUUGAAAUGGAAGUCAUGGGACGAAAUGGAGCGUUUAUUGGAGCUGACUGGCUCUCCCCGGGCCAAGUGCGCCCGUUACACAGCGGUGAUUAUGUUCAGAUCGGAGGUGUGCGGAUCCGAUUCUUGUUACCGGACGUCCCCAUCGGUGAAACAGGAGCCGCUCGGAUGGAAGAACAAGCAGUUGAUGAAGAGGAAGCGGAUAGUGGUUCGGUCGAUGCCGAACACGAGCUCGAUGACCUGGAGAUUGCUGUCAGCGACAGCGCGGAACCCAAGGAUUCAAAGACCACGAAAAUUGUUCUCAAGAACAAGGAUUCUGAUUCCACAAAAGCCGUGAAAUCCAUCGAAGGCGAUAAUGACCAACAACCCGCCCGCCGGCGCGGUCCUGGUCGACCUCCUAAGGAUGGGAUCAUGUCCAAGCGCGAGCGUGCAGAACUGGCAAGAGAACAGAAGAUAGCCGCUAAACGCGAGGCCAAUGGCGGCGUUACACCCCCGGCGGCGGCGGCGGCGGCGACAGUUCGGCCCACCAAGGCUGGAAAGACAACCACCAAGGAGUCUGUUGGCGCCGAGUCGCCACCUGCAUCCAAACCUGCUGAGAAACGGAAGUAUAACAAGCGGAAGAAGGGCGAUGGCACGCCCAUGGAUUACCCUCUCCCCUCGACCGAGGGUGGACAAGCAGAGCAGCAGCCUGAACCGCCGGUCAAGCCUCCGCCUGUCAAGAAGCGCAAGCCUUCCCGGUCACCAUCACCCAACUACCCUCCCGAGUCUGCCUACACUCCAGAAGAUUUGGCCAAGCCUCCUUACAACUACGCCGUUCUUAUUUUCGAUGCUCUGACGGAAGCCGGAACACCAAUGACGUUGAAACAGAUCUACCGCGCGCUGAAGCUGAAGUAUCCGUACUUCCGCUUCAAGUGCGAGACGGAGGGCUGGACGUCCAGUGUGCGGCACAAUCUCAACGGCAACGGUCAUUUGUUCAUGCAUGCAGAGCGAGAUGGCAAGGGAUGGUCGUGGCAACUCCGGCCUGGUGCCUCGGUUGAGAAGGAGAAAAAGCGACGUCCAUCGCCGCCGCCUGCGCCGCCGCCGCAGUCGUCUCAACCCCCGGCUGGCCCUCCUCCUCCCCAGCAGUACAUGCCCCCUAUGGGUCAUCCGUAUCCGAACGCGCCAGCCUCGGGGCCCAACCAGCAUCAGCAUCAACAGUUCCAAUUUCCUUCCAUGCCUUCUAAUCCGUUCCCACCUCCUGCAGCGGCGGCGGCCCCUCCUCAACACUCCAGUCCGUACCAUCCGCCGGCGAAGCCGCCUGCUGUUUCAGCUGCGGGUCCAUCCCCGUCUCCGGUUCCAGUUCCAGCUCCAGCUACAGCUCCUGCCCCGACUCCUGCAUCUUUUCCCAUUCCGAAUCCUAUCCGCAGCAGCCUGCCGGCUGCCUUUGCGAAGACCAUCCCUUCAACCUACACCUCUCCCUACGCCGCCGAUCCUCCUCCGCAGGCAGCUCCACCCCGGCAGUCACAGACGCCACGGCCGGCGCAGAGCCCGUCGCAGCAGCAGUCCCCUUAUCCCUCACAACAAAAGCCUCCUUCUUCGCAGCCGCCGCCGCAGGCCAACCCGACGCCUCAAACCUACCCUCCACGCGCCGGUCCUCCAUUCCCACCUCAGCAUCAACAACCAGCCCAGCGACAACCCUCUCAUCCACCCCACCAACAUGUGCCGCCACCUCCAUCACAACAGCAGCCGCAGCAACCGCGACAGCACAUCCCAUCCAGUUUACCUUCUGCCCAGCCUCGACCACAGCAGCACCAGCCGCCGCAGCCGCCGCAGCCGCGUUCUGUGCAGCCCAGCCCAGCGCCGGCCGGGCCCUCAGAGUCAUCCUCGUUCACCGAGCGAGCAAACAAGGCAAUCGACGACUUCGAAAACGUACUUAUGGAGGACUACGAAGAUAAGAACUACAUCCGAGAGGUCCUCCGGAGUGCGCGUGCACGCGUUUUGGGCGAUGCCACGGAGAGUUCGUUCCCCGGCGGCGAGCCCAAAGACGAGGCUGUUAUCAUGGACGUGCUUCGCAAUUUGGUGGGCAGCUUGAAAGACGAGUGA